GAGCCGAUUCUUUGGGCAGGCUAUAUCAACCAGUCAACUUAAAAAAAACAUUGGUAAACAAGAGCAGCAAUAAAGUUUAUCUGUGCGAUGGGAGAACAAGCUGAGGAUGAUUCCUUGUGCACUGCUCUGUGUUCCAUCAUAAGGAGUCAAUGAACUUCGUGUGGACAUUAUGAACAGCGGACUAUUUUUACUGGUGUUGCUAAUUGGACUGCUGGUCCUGUCCUUGCUCAGAUCUGGAGAAUCUCAACACAUAGCAGAUGAAUCAUGCUCAGUACAAAUCCUUGUCCCUGGUCUGAAAGGUGAACCUGGGGAAAAAGGGGAGAAAGGAGAACCUGGAAGAAUAGGAAAAGUUGGCCCACUUGGACAGUCAGGAUCUAUGGGAGAAAAAGGCUCAAAAGGCAUGAUGGGUCGUUAUGGAAAAGUGGGCCCGGCUGGGUUAAAAGGAAGCAAAGGGGACGCUGGCGAUUUAGGCCUAAAAGGAGAAGCUGGUGAUCCAGGCUUACCCUGUGAAUGUGGCCAGCUGAGAAAGGUAAUUGGAGAAAUGGACAUCCUGGUGACAAAGCUAACACAUGAACUCAAUUUCAUAAAAAAUGCUGUUGCUGGAGUACGAGAGGUAGAGAAUAAGAUUUACCUGCUGGUGAAGGAAGAGAAGAGAUACACUGAUGCCCAUGAGUAUUGUCGUGACCGAGGAGGACUUCUCAUAAUGCCGAAAGAUGAGGCAACUAAUAGCCUCAUUGCAUCUUAUAUCAGCGAAGCAGGGCUCAGCAGGGUGUUCAUUGGCAUUAAUGACCUGGAGGAGGAAGGUCGCUUCAUCUUUGCAGAUGGAUCACCCUUGCUGAUCUUCAACAAAUGGCGGAACGGAGAACCGAACAAUGCCUACGAUGAAGAAGAUUGUGCAGAAAUGGUAUCCUCUGGAGGGUGGAAUGACGUGGCCUGUCAUAUUACAAUGUAUUUUGUCUGUGAAUUUGACAAAGAUGUACCUUAAAUCAGCCGGCUCCUGAAUGUAGCAUAUUAUUCCGUGCCUGCAAUGGAUAAAUCUGUGUUAGUUUUAAAAGUCUAUGAUACCUCAACGGAGAAUGAUUACAACCACCAGAGUUUUAGUUUCAAUUUUAUUUUUCACUAUUAUUAGAUUUACAGCAUGACUAAAUAUAUAAUUUUUUAGCAGAAGAUUGUGUCCUUCUUUAUCCUUACUGAAAAGAAGAUUGAAGAUUACUUGGACUUUAUAUCUAAAGACGAAGGGUUCUAGAAUGUGCGGUAAUAAAAAUAGGGAGGUGUGUAUAACCAGAGACCAAUCUGAGAUCAAUUGUUUCACAGUAUUGCAUUAAGACAAAUUAACACUUUUUCAGUACCUAAAUUUAUUUUUCGUUCUUUAUAAUGGUUUGAACUUUUUGAUUGAUUAUUGAAUACUGUGAAGAUAAGCUUACUAGCUUUGAGUUGUCAAAACCCUGAAUCUCCACACCACCAACUCCUAAAUCUUGGGUAACUGGUCUGAAAUUACAGAGUUUUAGUUUAGUUUAUUAUUGUCACCUGCACCAAGGUACAGUGAAAGGCUUUUUUGUUACAUUGGCAAGCCAAAACAUAGUCUAGGCAACUGUUUUGCCGAACACUUGCGCUUUGUCCACCAAGGCCUGUUGGAUCUCCUGCUUGAUAACCACUUCCUUCACUCACCUUCCCAUUGCCAUACCCACCUUUCUGUCCUUGGCCUCCUCCAUUGGCAGAGUGAGGUCGUACGCAAACUAGAAGAGCAGCAUCUCGCAUUCCACACGGGUAGCGGACAAUCCAACGGUAUGAACAUUGGAUUCUACACAUUCACUGCUUGUCUUGAUGCUUUGUGGCAAGAAUUGGCACGAGCCACAGGAAGAGCAGAAUAAUAUAAGGGCUGAAUUUUACAGGAGACAUGGACCUUCAAUGGAGAAUUGUGGAGGUGGGGUGGGGACACAAGGACAUAGAGAUCUGGGCACAUGUGUGAAUAGUUCAUUGGAAAUGACAGGGCAGAUUGAGAAAGUGGUUAAGAAAAGGAAACUGGAUCAUGGACUUUAUGGCAAAAAGAGAGCAGGAAACUGAUUCAGCCACAUUGAUAGCUGAAUUCAGGUCUGGGCAGCGCACUGCACGAGAGAUGUGAAAGUUUCAGAGGGAGUACAGAAGGGAUUUACAAAUAAUGGCAGUAGUGAUGGGACUUAGUUACGUGGAGAGCGUGGACAGGCUGGGAUAAUUUUUCUUAGCCCAGAAGUGGCAUGUGGAGACCUGAGUGAGGUAUUUACAAUUAUGAUGGGAAUGGACAGAGUAGAUAAAAACUAUUCCCAUUUAUAGAGGGUUCAAAAACUAGGAUGUGGAAUGAAGAUGUGUAAAAGAAAACAAAUGGAAUGAAGAAAAUGUAUCUGAAAUAACGACUGGCUUAGGUUGGCAAUGCAGCGCCAGGGAGUAGUGAAAGCAGAUUCAAGUGUAACAUUGAAAAGGGAGUGGAGUGUACGCAUGUGCGGGGCCUAUCCAGAGUGUGCGCAUGUACGGGGUCUCGGGCCCAUGAGGCCUGCGGAAUCAGCGAUAUUUUCCAGACGCAUUGAAGUUAUGUAUUACAGAAAUUAGUUGCUUAAAUUGUUGUGAGGCAAAUGAAACUUUUACGCUACUCGUAAUUUACUUAAACUUUAUUUAAGCUUUAAGCAACUCUACUGUAUUGUCCAUUAGAAUUUCACAGUUGAAUGAGACAAAAUGGGCAAGGUAGAAUGAAUUCAAAAGAAACAUGUACUGAAUGCUGUAAUAAGCUAAAAUAUACUUUCUUCCAUGUGUACUUAUUUUAAAAAUGGAAAUAAAAUAUUCUUUUUAUUGUUA